GGACCGCUUGUGUGCUGCCUGCGCCCUAUGUCCGCCAGCGUGGAGCUGGGAGAGGCCAGCGAGGCGCCGACGGGUCUCAACCGCUUCCAAAAGGUGGUGCGCAUGCAGCAGGCGCUGCACCGGGCCAGCUCGGAGGCGGGGAUGAGCUCGCAGGCUCCUCCGUCGACGCUGCUCAAGCGAGCGGGCGCGCCAUCGAUGCUGAUCAACCUCGCCCUCGUCGAGGAGCGGCACGGCAAGGGCUCGUGGCAGUACCGCUUGCUCGCACUGCAGAAGACGCGACGGUACACGGCCGCCUUCAUCGCGCUGCUGCUGUGCGACGCGACCGCCGCCAUCCUCGGGCUGCUCCUCUCGACUGCCUACCCUCCGUGCGUCAACAUCAAGGCGCUCGCCAGCUGUCCCGCCAACAGCAGCACAGUCACCGUCAUAGACGACGGCGUCAUCACAAGCACCACCACCACGAGCGACGUCGAGCCGGAGCCGAGCUGCAGCGAGAGCGGGUACGGCGCGUUUGCCGCCGCCAUGCUCGCAGUCACAGUCAUCUCCAUGCUCUCCAUCGUUACCUUCCUCGCCGAGUCGCUCCUCGUCUCCGCGGCGCUCGGCCCGCUACUGCUCCGCACCUCCCGCUCCUUCCGCCUGUGGACCGUGCUCGACCUUCUCAUCCUCACCUUUGCCCUCGGCGUCGAGUCGUACCUGUUGCUCGUCAAGCACCCCACCGCGUCGGAGCGCGCCGUCCACACCUCCUCGCCCGCCCUCGUCCUCCUCUCCCGCGGCUACCGGUACGUCCAGCUCGCGCGCCGCUCGUACACGAUCUUGCGCCGCGUGCACCACACGCGCAAGUCGGGCCGCGACCUGAUCGAGGGCGGCGAGGCGCAGCGCGCGCGGAGCGAGCUCGACGGCGCGCUGGAGGAGCGGCGGAACGAGCUGCUCAUCGCGAGGCAGGAGAGCGGCGAGGGGCGCGUGCACCCGUCGAAGCUCGUGCUGCAGGUCUGCGCCGACAUGCUCCUCUCCGUCAGCCGCGAGGUGGGCAGCCGCGAGUGGGACGAGGUGCGGGAGCUGGCGGCAGCGGCGGGCAUCCGCGCGCUCGACGGCUUUGUGGAGCGGCUUCUCAAGCGGCGGCUGCUGCCGCUGUACUCGCGGCCAGAAGGCUUCUACGAGAACGACUCGAACCUAGCCAACACGCUCUUCCAGGCGGUCAAGUACAAGGAGAGCAUGGGCGCGUGGCCAGAGGGCCUCGCCGCCCUAAUCAAGGACGCAAACACGCCCGACUCGCUGCGCGGCGUCAUCCUCGACGACCUCGGGCCCGGAGGGUACGGCCCUCUUGCCCUCGUGGUGCGGGCGAGCCGCUGCUUGCGCACGCUUGACGUCGACUGCUCCGACUCGAACUUGUGGCGCAGCUCGGGCAAGGAGGCCUUCAUCGAGUCCCUCGCCGAGAGCAGCACGCUGCGCCAGAUCGACCUCUCCACCUCGCACGUGCCGCCCGACCUGCUGCACAAGCUGUGCGCGCGGCUCGCUUGUGGCGGCGAGGGCGUCGGAUCCGAGUGGGAGGCCGAGUGGGAGUCGGCGUCGCACAGGGAGGGCGAGGGCUCGCGGCCGCAGGCGAGAGCAAACGGGCGGAGGCAGGGAGCGGCGGUAGCGCUGCCUCCGCGCGUCGCUCAGAUCGAGGCCGUCUCGCUCGCCGGCAACGCUGUGCCCGGCUGCGGCGCCUCGCUCGCGCUGCUCCUCGAGCAGUGCGGCGCCCUCACCUCCCUUGACCUCUCGCGCACUUGCCUCACCGAGGCCGACGGCGCGCUCGUCCUUGCCUUGCCAUCCUCGAGCCUCGGGCUCGGGGGGGGCGCGCUCGUCCUUGCCGCCGUCGCCAGCCGGCACGCACGCGACGCGAGGCGCGCCGCCGAAGCGCAGCGGUCGACGCAGGGCGCGCGGCUGCCCGAGGGGUGGCCUGCCGCCCGCCACGCGCCGCCGGCCGGAGCGUCCGCGGAGGCGUCGAACGCUGCCAAGCCGCUGCAGUGCGUCGUACUCGACGUCGCGGCGGUGCCGCCGGAGGAGCGGGGGCGGCUGCCCGCCGCGGUUGCGGCGAUGAUAGGCGACGAGCUGCUCGACCGGGGCGAGAUCCGCAAGGUGAUGCGUGAGGCGUCCGACUUGGUGACCGGCACGCUGCUCGAGGCGGCGCACGGCCUGCAGCACUACAUGCGCGUGAGCGAGGAGCACAUCCGGCAGGGCGUCGCGAUGGGCACCGCCGCCAUCGAGGAGGAGGUGCGCGCGCUGGGCGACGCCGAGGCGCUGUCGAUGCUGCAGUACAUCUUGCACGACCCGGCCUCGGAGAAGGAGUACCCCAACGGCACGCGCGACGCCGGCCGCAGCGGCGAGCGGCUCGCCGACUUCGUCGCGCACGCCGACGCGCAAAAGGCGAUGCUCGACGAGCCGCACCCGCACGUCGUCGCGUUGCGGCUGUACACGACGGCGGCGUACCGGCACAUCAACGGCCCGCUCCGCAAGCCGGAAGGUCCGCACCCGCUGGCGCGCACCACUUGGUUCAUCUCGGAGGCCGUGCGCAAGCUGCGCGCGGUGCACGCCGACUCGACGACGGCGACCGAGACCGAGGACCUCUGGAGGGGCAUGCGCAACAUGCAGCUCUCGAGCGACUUCAUCGACAACCGCACCGGCGGCACCGAGCUCGCGCCCAUGUCCGCGACCACCGACAUGACCGUCGCGGCGCGCUACGGCGCCUCGUCGGGCACGCUGCUCUUCAAGAUCCGCGUCGACAACUCGCUCGUGCGCGGCGCGUCGCUGCAGUGGGUCUCCGCCUUCCCGCGCGAGGCGGAGGUGCUCUUCCCGCCGCUGACGUACGUCCAGCCCACCGACAAGCGGCAGACGCUGCUGGUGGGCGCGUGCAACUUCACUGUCAUAGAGGUGGUGCCCAACCUGUCGUCGUGACGCAUAUUAGAGGUGUGCGGUGCCCCGGUGCCCUACCACAGCGAGCCGUACCGUGCCUGUACCGGUGUCGCAUGAUAUGGUUCAUGGAGUUGAUGGGGGAGAUGGGUUGUGAUGCUCAUGUACGAAGUACGAGAUAUGUACGAUCUACGAGCGU